UGUCAUGGUUUCCAAUGAUAAUUCAUAAUAAAAUGAAAAUUUAUAUGCAAGAAGAAAUCAAGUGAAACCUAAUCAACUUAAUUCCUUAUAAUAAGUGUUAAUCACCAAAUAAUUUAAUGAUUAAAAAAUGAUUAACUCCAAUUGAAUGACUAUCAAAUCAAAAUCAAUGGUAAUUAAAUUGAACCGCCAACUAUUGUUGACCAUGUAAAGAGGUAAAAAUAUCAAUCAUGAUGAUCAGCUCAUUCAAUUAAACCUAAUUGUAUUGUAUUGUGUCAAUUUGAAAUAAGUUAAUCAGUGUUAAAUCAACAAUUUAAAUGUCAACAUAGUAAAUAAUCAACGAUUUUUUUGAUUGGACAAAAUUUUGAAAACUUUUCUUUUCCCUCCAAGUGGAUUUUGAUUGAAUUAACCUAAUGAUGACCAAUAACAUUCACGACGAUGACCAGAGUUCAUAUUCGAGACCAUUACCACCCACGCCAAAGUCAUCAUCCUCUUUUCAUCUUAUAUCUCGACUCAAAGUCAUCCCUGGAAUCGGAAUUUUAUUUGGAACUUUUUCCGGAAUUCUAUUCGCCUUUAGCACUGCAAUGGUUAAAUUUCUUCCAAAUAUCAAUCCAUUCGAGAUACUUUGCUUCAGGUCGAUUGUCCAGAUUUUCAUCUACCUGUUAAUCAUUGUACUUAAACGUGACAAUAUCUUGGGGGUGGCUGGCGAAAGAUGCUGGAUGAGUGCUGUGAAUUUGGUUGGUUUCCUUUUCCUGGGAUUGGCUUAUGUGGCGAUCCGACUCAUUUCGCUUGGCGAUUCAUCGGCGAUUAUUUUUUCCUCUUCUGUUUAUGCUUCCAUUUUUGCUCGAUUCAUCCUUGCCGAACCUUGUAGCCCAAUAAACGUGAUCUGUAUCGCACUGGUCAUCUCUGGAGUCCUUCUCAUCUCACGUCCAAGUUUCCUUUUCGGUGCAACAGUUUACUCUUAUUCAACAUUUGACCGAACCCUUGGAUUAACCUUAUCACUUGUCGCUUCCCUUUCAGCUGCUCUUACUUAUGUUAUGAUGAGGAAGUUAAGGAAAACUGCAACUUCCGUUACAAUGUUUUGGUUCUCAUUUACCGAUUGGUCACUUUCCCUAAUUGUGGUUCUUAUACAAGGACAGUUAACACUUCCUGCCACAGCUCAUGAAUGGAUUUUACUCAUUUCCAAUGGUGUCAUUGGAACUGGUGGAUUAAUCCUUCUUGGAUUAGCAUUAAAACUAGAAGACGCUGGACCAGUUUCAUUGGCUCGAACCAUUGACAUUGUGGUUGCUUUUAUCAUUCAGAUAACAAUCUUAAACGACCCAGCACUUUGGACAAGUAUCGUUGGGUCAGUUAUCAUUGUCGGUGGAGUUGGUAUUUCAGCCAUGAGACACUUUAUCAUGGAAAAAAUAAACGCCAUGAGAAAAGCCUCUUCUCUUAAAAGAUCAAACCAAAGUAUCACCAACACAACAGGACCCCAACUACAGCCCUCACCACCCCUAACAGUGACCUCACAAUCACCUAAGAAACGUCAACUAGUACCAACAAUCAGCAUAACUCAACACUGAACUGAAUAAUAAUAAACCGAAUCCAUAAUCAUAAUAAUUCAACCAGGGAGUUAAUUCCUUGUGUACUUUGUUUUAUACUUAAAUUUAUGCCUCAUAUUUGAUACGAUAACUGGUUACAAAAUGAUUUGCUUGAUAAGCACAAAAAUAGUCAAGCAAGAAUUGUAACUCUAACCAUCAGUUAACCCACUCCCUAAAUCCCACUCUCAAUUUGUAACCUUCACCCUAAUAUUUAUUACAUGAAAAGUUUUCCUGAAUAAAAGUUAAUCCAAAAAAAAAA